AUGGAAGGUUCAACAAAUAUGCGUUUAUUCAUUGUAUUAGUGAUAGUAUGUGUAUUUGGAAUAAUUACAUUUGCUCUUACUGCUGCUAUUCUCGGAACAUUGAAUAAGCGAUUAGAUACGAUUGAAAGUAAAUUACCGAGUACAAAUUCAUUAGAAUCAACUACAAGCACGACAACUCAAUCACCACAAAACCUAACUCUCGCACAGCUCACUAUUAUUCCAGAUGGUGGUUGUACAGAAUCUGACUGGAAAAAAGCUAUUGGACCUACUACUGGUCGAGUAGCAUUAAUCAAAAGAGGAGGUAGUUGUGCAUUUGCUGACAGAGCAGCCCAAGCUCCUAAGUUCAAUGUUACUGGUAUUCUGUUUUAUAAUGAUGGCCUAUUACCUGAUCGUAUGACACCUAUUGAAGUUAGUCUUGGUCAAGAUAAUGCUUUACCUGCUCUAUUUCUUUCAUACACUGUUGGAGAAGCAUUAGCUGCUUCAGCUCGAAAUAUAUCGUUCAACGUAACUGUUCAAUUAGGUAUCAACUUAAAAAAUUUAUCGGACUUUCCUGUAGGCAACAUUUGUGCUGAUACACCGACAGGAGAUGUUACUCAGACUAUUGUUAUUGGUAGUCAUAGUGAUAGCGUACCAGCUGGUCCAGGGAUCAACGAUAACGGCAGUGGUAGUGCAGCUAAUCUUGGUCUAGCUAUUGCUCUUUCUCGUCUUUUCAAUACACCUACUUAUUCAAAAUACAAGUAUCGUGUUCGAUUUUGUUGGUGGGGUGCCGAAGAAAUCGGUCUUCUUGGAUCUAAAGAUCACGUCAAAAAAGCGAAAACUUCGACUAAUGUUGGUGAACGUUUGAUAGAUUAUUUGAUCAAUCUGAAUUAUGAUAUGCUUGGUUCACCGAAUUAUAUGUUUGGUAUAUAUGAUGGUCGAACAGCAAAAAAUGAUACUCCACCGAUAGCACUUGCAGGUAGUAGAAAGAUCACUGAUUUAUUUCAUGAUUGGUUUAAUCAACAGAAACUACCUUCGACUCUUACGGAUUUUAGUGGUCGAAGUGAUUAUGGUCCAUUUUUAGCUGAAGGAGUUGUUGCUGAACGUGAUCGUUACGGUCAAAUGCUUGGACAAGGAAUGGGUGGUAUUGUUGGUGCAGCUUAUGAUCCAUGUUAUCAUAAAGCAUGUGAUUCGAUUCAAAAUAUGAAUCUAUUUGCAUAUGAAAAGAUGAUACAAGCAGCUGCAUAUGUUUUGGAAUAUUUAGGUCGUCAAGAUAAUUUGAAAGCAUGGCUUUAUCCUACUAAUGGGAUUUAA